CCCCAAGUGAUUACAGAAGGAGAGGCCCCUGGGCAUCCGGACUGUGCAGACUGCAGGCCCAAGAAGAGCCAAGAGGCUGGAAAGACAAACGUUCAAUGCAUGGAGGGGCGAGGAGGUGCAGGGGUGGCAGGAGAUGGUAAGAUCGAGACAGACGAGGUGCCGGAAAAGUGGGACCAGGCCGAGGCAAACUGCACAUACACCUGUUUAGCUGAUAUGACAAAGCCAAAGGUAGAAGACAGAAAGGUGGAUUCCUUUAAAGACUCUUGGCUAUCUGAGCAGCAUCUUCAUAAUCUUUCCCAGACACAUUCAGGAAUGUCUGAGUACCCUCCACAGAGCCCUCAUCAAGCUCUAAGCAAGCCUAUCAACCUGAAUCAUUGUUCCAUCAGCAGUCAGAAGAGCGUUUCCAAUUCUCCACAGGUUCCACUGGACAUGAACAACUUCUAUUUCUCACGACAACACUGGGAAAGCAGCAUCGUCCAUAACCAACAAACACAGAUCUUAUGUGAAUCAGAUUCAAGUCAAGGUAUCAGAGCACAUGCCACAUUAACAGAAACACAACAUGCUCUUUUACAGAUUGAGUCCAGCCCUCAGCGAAAACCAACAUUUUUUCACCCGGAGCAGCAGCAGAGCAGCAUCUCAGCUAACAACAUCCCAGGAGUGAACUCAAGUCUGUUGCCUGAUGUCAUCACGUCCCCCUCCACUCACCCCAGCCAACAUUUUUAUUCUGUUCAAGUCAGUAGAGCUUCUGCUGGAUUGACAGGGGAAACGUUGUCAGAGACCUUCACAUCCUCAGAACUAGAUGAUUAUCAAGACAACAAGGAUACAGCGUUAACUGACUGCACGAGUCAGAGCAGUGAGAUUACCAACAAAUGCCACUCUUUUUACUUGUCUGGCCAGCUUCGUGGCUACGAGCCAGAGUGUCUGCCCAGUGGAGUACGGCCUGCGCAAAGCUGCAUGGAAUAUACAGAAGACACCAGCAGUAGUGACGAUGAAGGAAAGCUUAUCAUUGAGCUUUAGGGCAAAAUGCACAUAUGUAUCUGCUGAUGAGAUAUGUUUUCAUAGUGGAGGCAGAAAUAAUAUUGAUGGCUCAGUUAAGUUAGUGGGCAGAGCCAAAAGAACCACAUCUAUGAACUCCAAAUAACAGCCAUUGACUUUAGAAAUAUAUAUUAAACGGUCAACAGGCAACAAUGUGUUCAUUUCCUAUCACACAAACAAGUUCCAAGAUAGUAGUCUGACGGUAUCCCCCACAUGACAUCACUGAACCAAUCACAAAACAGCGGCAAAGUCAACAUUACAGUAACAAAAUCAAAUAUUAAGACUUAUGCAGAUCAUUCAUUAAAUGGAGCAAUACAUUGUUUAUACCUGGUUAAAUUAUGAUGAUGAUUAAAACAAAAUGGCCGAUAUAGCCUUACUUUCCAUUUACCUGUUGUGACUACAAAGCUAAUGGGGCUAACCGUCUGGGAUCGAUGCGCAAUUGCUACCAAGUGUCAAUAACUGGAGGUUUUCCUGUCUCUCAGCUGACUUGGCUUGAAUGCAGCAUUACACAUGUAGGGACUUGCCUGCAGCCUGCAAUAUCCACAACAAGCACCCAUGCUUACUGAAUAUACAAAUGAAUAUAAAUGAAAGAAUACCAUUGACCAUAUUUUCAUUUAUCCAGCUGGCUUGGUUCUUCAGAUAUUAGCAUCCAUGUCACCAACAUUUAGGAAUCACUUAGAAGCACUGAAGGCAACAUGGCGUUGUUUCUGUUAGCAGAAUGGGCAUGCUUCACACUACUUGCUCCCCCUGAUUUCCCUUAUGUCUGUUUUGCUUCAUGAACUUUGACAGAAUGAAUAUGGCUGCUUCUGCUUCUAAUCUAACCAAUGAGAUGACUUUUGCACCUGUGAACUGUUGUAAUACUUCUCACGCAUCAUUUGUCCUGCCUACCUUCCCUCAGUCACUCUCUCUCUCUCUUUCUCUCUCAUGAAGUGCACUCUGUAACUUUCCCAGACAACAGCUGUGUGUGUGACUCAUGUGGACAUGCUGCCAAAUAGCUGUUAUAGAUCUCUGCUUCCAAUCAGAUCACACAGGUGAAGCUGGAGGGACAUGACCCUUUUCCCAGUCUGGGUUUUGUAAUGAGUCAGCAGCUAGGAUUAGGCACCAGCACACACAACAACAGGAAAUGAGUGUAUGUGAACAUCUCUGUACAUAAUUCCAGAGCUAUAGCUCAUGCUGACUUCCUUGUCAAUCCUCAUCCCAGUGGUGGUCAUAAAGCAUUUUGGACUUGACAGGUUUAUGUGUGCAAGAGUGUGAGCUGAUUUGUUAUUGUGUAAAAAAUUUGUUAAGUUUUCAUUUUCUAAUUUUAUAUUCUUGUUCUUAUUCUUGUUACGUAAGCAUAACUGAUGAAACAAAUACAUUCUCCUGCCAUUUAUUGAACAACCUUUGUC